AUGAGCUCAACAGAAAUCUGGCAGAAUCUCCAAGAUUCGAUCUACCACCGUCAGACGGCCACCAACGCAUUCAUUUCAUUUGCGAGCAUCCAAGAAAUAUGGGCUGGAGAUCGCCUGGAGAGAUUUUCACAUAACCACCAGUUGGGACUGGACCAGGCCCAGAUAAAAACAGCGAAGGAUAAGUUGCUUAAAAUAAUAUCUAUCCUUGUUGGUAUUGGUUGGCCAGACUGGCCAAGAUUCAAAACAAUAUUCUUCCCGUCAGAACCGCAUAUCGCCAGUUAUCGCCGCGAUGAAAAUAUUCGCUCUUUCGACAUAGCUGAGCUCGAAGACGCAUCCUUCCUCGGGAAGAACGCCUGGGCAACCAAUUUUGCUCGCGAAAGAUGGACUUACUGUCCGGUUGUGUUGGAUCAUCAUACAUACGAGGAGUACAGUAAGGAGCAACGACUUCCAUUGGUUCCGGUAACCUCGGAAAGGCCCCGAGAGGGUGGAUAUGGGGUCGUCACGAAAGAAGAGAUCCCGGCCGGGCAUAUCAUCACUGAGGAUCUUCCAGGUGAUUCGCGUGCGCCGCGCUCCGCACCCCUAGUAGUCGCACGAAAACGGUUCUACCAGGGACGCUCUGUGAUUGAGAAAAGGAUAUUGAACCUCCUUAGGUCCAACAGCGUCCAACACAAACGCAUCCCCAAGAUCCUUGCCAUCUUCUCCCACGAAGAGAACUUGAAUAUUAUCUUCCCGUGGGCAGACAUGGAUUUGGAGGACUUUUUGCGUGGUGGCUACAAAGAAAUGGAAUCAAUGCCCACUUUGCUAGAUAUCAUCGUUGAGGCCGAACAACUGGCAGGUGCAAUUGAUUACCUGCAUCACAAACUCCAGCCAGACAGUAAAUCGCCUGAUCGCCGGCGAAAGUCCAUCUGUCAUUCGGAUCUCAAGCCGAGGAACAUCAUAGUCUUCAAAGACCCCAAGAGUCCUUCUACAGGGAUGUGGAUGAUCAGCGACUUUGGUAUAUCUAAGAUAGUGCAUGAGGUUCUUUCGGAGAUGGAUGAGGAGCGCACUGCAAGUAACGGGCCUCAUUCUGUGCAAUGGGCCGGUACUGCGGGUAUUGGCUCCUACCAGAGCCCAGAUUUUGUUGUUCAUCCCAAAAUCGACAUUUGGUCUUUUGGGUGCAUAUUAGUCCGCCUCUUUGCUCUAGGAUUUGAUCCUACGAGUUUGGAGGAGUUUGAUAGAUCCAGAAUUGGAACACUGGAUGGAGUGGCCUCCUAUAACCAUGACCACUUUCUGCGAACCUCUCCUCCAAAACUGAACCCACACGUUGAUUUGUGGAUCGGAACCUUGCCUGAUCGCAAUGCCGCCUCAUAUGACAGGUACUUCUUGAACGCAAUGAAGCAGCUUCUUCAAUCCAUGCUUGUCAUCAACCCAGACGUUCGGCUUGGGUCCAAUGAAGUUUUCCGGGGCUUACAAGAUCUGAAAGGCCUACUACUCCGAAGCGAAUGGCCUCGUCGACCUAGCACAGUACAAACAGAACCAGAAUCCGUUAACGACCGGUCGGGAAGUGCUACAACUCCAAUCACUCUUCCGGACCCUCCGCAGUCUUUGGCGGCUCUGCAGCCUCUGGCGCCACUGGAACCUCUGGAGCCUCUGGAAUUCCCGGAACAUCUGGAAUCCCCGCGGGUGAUUUUCUCACUGGGUGUGGUCAUCGCCCAAAUUCAGAGCGGAAACGCAGAUGAAGUUCAGCAAUUGAUCCAAGGAAGACACGAUUUAGAGAACGUCUAUCAAAACAAGCGACCUUUGAUCUAUGCGAUUCAAAGAGGAGAUCCUCCUAUUUUAGCAGCGUUGUUGAAGCAUAGGCCAAGACUUGAUUUGGAACGCCUCUCAGAAGAAACGAGUGGUCAGACUCCGCUCUGUCUUGCUAUCUAUGGAGGAAAUGCGCAGAUUGUGAAGCUGUUGCUUCAAGCCGGUGCGUCGCCCAAUGUAUCAUCUGAGGAUGGGAUGACUCCUCUGAUGCAUGCUGCACAUCGUGGACAUGCCGAUAUGAUCUCGGAACUCUUGCGAUUCAAGGCAGAUGUUACCGUUUUCCAGGGACUCGAAAGGUUGAAUUGCUUGCACUACGCAGUGAGGAACAUUGGCUGUGAGGUGGAGGUGAUCAGAGCAUUCCGGGGCCACAUGGACUUUGACUUGACUCCAUCCGACCUAGCCAAUGGGGCAACAUUCGCCACACCACUCAAUAUACAUGUAUUGAAAUGCUUUGAGCUUUACCACCCAAGCCAGCAAUCCAAAUGGCUCGAGAAGUUGGAAGCCCUCACCGCCGGAGGACAGCCCGGUGGUGGAAAGCUCGCGGAUAUAAACAGAAAUCAACAUCAUGACCCAUCAUCCCCCUCAGAAACCAUUCUGGAAACCAUCAUUGAGAGAGACACGCUGAACGAUGUGAAACUUGCUCAUCUACUUGUUGCCAGUGGAGCUACGUUGCCGGCAGAUUAUACGAAACGUAGGUAUCUCUCGCCCUAUAUGAAGGAUAUUGUGAAACAGGCCAAACUCCCAUCCCAGGACAUAUCACCUCCACCUCGUUUCCUCCGCAAGGCUAGGAGGACCAUGUCAUCAUUGAGAAUUUCCUGA